GCAGAAGGCGCGAGAUAAAGAUGGCGGCGACGGUGGAGAAAACAGCGUGACAUGCUGAAGUAGUGGCACUGAACCCGAGUAAUACCACUGUGUGACAAACCAUCGCAAAAUGGAAAGCAUGUCGCAGUAGGUGUUUACUGGUAAUACCAAGUACUACAAACUCACCUUAUCCCCCUUUCCCCGCGAGAGUAUUCAUCCUGUGAUUGAGGAAAUAUCACCGGGAGCAUGGCUUCUGCGCACAGUAACCAGUACAUCUUCGGGGAGUUCAGCCCAGAUGAGUUCAAUCAGUUCUUUGUGACUCCCCGCUGUUAUGUUGAGCUUCCCCCCUUCAAUGAUAAAGUCUCCUGCUUGAGUCAUCCCUCAGGAGGUUACUGCACUCCUGCUGUGCCUUACAUAAUGGAAUCUUUGAGACGGCAGGUUUGCGGAGAGGACUACCAGCAUAUCGAGUUUGGCGUGGAUGAGGUAAUGUGUGCGGAGCCGGUGGCAGUGACAGACUCUCUGUACAAAGUGUCAAGCACUCUUAAUCCUCAGGCCCCUGAGUUUAUCUUAGGCUGCCAACCAUCUAAGAAGGCCUUUCCCGCUGAAAGACCGGUUGCCGACUUCCCUGAUGGCGCGGACUUCAACUCCCUGUGCUGUGCUAACUCCGAGACCUCAAUCCUGGGCGACCAUCAGGCUUGCUCAGACAUGGAUGGGGUUUCGGGUGGCUUGGGACAACGAAAGAAAAAGAAAAAACGGCCACCGGGAUACUACAACUAUUUGGAAGGUUCCAACAUUAACAGCACCGGUGUGGCCACAGAUGGUAUAGGGGGGUCAGGGCUGGUUAACGGACACACUCCAAAUGCUUCGGGCAUAGAGGACAUGGUGGGGGAUGUGCUAGUGGGAACUGAGCUCAUUCCCUCAGCUCCUCCUUCCCAUCAAAGGACUUGUGAUAGCCAUGACAAUUCCACAUUGGACUUGACGAGUGGAGCUGCCUCUUUGUCAGAAAGAAACGGCGCAGCUUCUUUGUCUUCAUCUUCGUCAUCUCAAAGCGGUGGGGAGGCACUGAGUGCCAGGACUGCAGAGCAGCAUGCAGAACCCCCAUCUCUAGAGAGCCCAGUACUCUUGGGUAAUGGAGGGCACAGCCCUUCUCCACCAUCUCCAAUUCCCCCCUCUGCUGCUGUGGCCAGCCCCACUGCCACCAAAAUUCUUGCUACUACUGAUGAGGGGGCGGCCGAGGGUUCAGGGGAAGCUAACGGAGUGCUGGAGAUGGCUCCGGCUGCUGGAGCCACAGACGGACACGGAGACUCGUCUGAAACAGUCGAGGAGCAGUCCGCUUCCUCAUUCACCUCUCUCCCGUUAGACUCUGAAGUCCAGCAGGUAGUCUCGGCUGCUACCCCUGCAGCACCUUUGCCCAACCCUCCAAAAUCCUGGGCCAGCCUAUUCCACAAUUCCAAACCUCUUCCUGGAUGUCCUCAGGCUUACGUUGAGGUGAAGAGUGCACCUAUUGUGGUUGAGCUCACUCCGGCUGCCUCAGAGUUGCCCGAGAAGGCCAACGAAGUGCGCGAGGGCCCUGUCCCUGUGUCCGAAGACCCUAUGGCUCCAAAAUUGGCAGAACUAAUCGAGAAUGUGAAGUUGAUACACAAACCAGUGUCUUUGCAACCAAGAGGACUGAUAAACAAGGGAAACUGGUGCUAUAUCAAUGCUACCCUGCAGGCCCUGAUUGCGUGUCCCCCCAUGUAUCAUCUGAUGAAGUCUAUUCACUUUUUCAGUGAGACGCAGAGACCCUGCACGUCCACACCUAUGUUGGAUAACUUUGUCCGGCUUGUGAAUGAAUUCAGCAAUAUGCCUGUCCCUUCCAAGACCAAACAGCAAGCUGCUGGAGAGAAGACCGUGAAAGACAUUAGACCGGGUGUUCCGUUUGAGCCCACAUAUAUCUACAAACUCCUCACCCUCAUCAAAUCAAGCCUUUCUGAGAAGGGUCGCCAGGAGGAUGCGGAGGAGUACCUUGGUUUCAUACUAAACGGACUGCAUGAGGAAAUGUUGGCACUGAAGAAGCUUAUCUCUCCACAAGAGAAAGCCCCCACACCAAAUGGGCCUGAGUCUCAGCCAGAUGUGGAGGAAGACUCUGCUGAGAAAGAGGAAGAGGGCAGUGAGGAUGAGUGGGAACAAGUUGGACCCAGAAACAAAACCUCCAUUACUCGUCAGGCAGACUUCAUCCGCACUCCCAUCACAGACAUAUUUGGCGGCCACAUCAGAUCUGUGGUGUACCAGCAGAGCUCAAAAGAAUCUGCCACCCUGCAGCCCUUCUUCACGCUGCAGCUGGACAUCCAAUCAGAGAAGGUCCGCACAGUCCAGGAGGCCCUGGAGGUACUGGUGGCGCGGGAGUCCGUUCAGGGCUACACCACUAAGACCAAGCAGGAGAUUGAGAUCAGCCGCAGAAUGACUCUUGAAGAGCUUCCCCCAGUGCUGGUGCUUCACCUCAAGAGAUUUGUCUUUGAGAAGACCGGUGGAUGUCAAAAACUGGUUAAAAAUAUUGAAUACCCCGUUGAUCUAGAGAUCAGUAAAGAUCUUUUGUCACAGGGAGUGCGGAGCAAAACCUUCAAAGGCCAAAGAACCUACAGGCUCUUUGCAGUCGUCUAUCACCAUGGGAACAGUGUCACGGGUGGCCACUACACUACAGAUGUCUUCCACAUCGGUUUGAAUGGCUGGCUGCGCAUUGAUGACCAGGCGGUGAAGAUUAUCAAUCAGCACCAGGUGGUGAAGCAGACUGCAGAGCGUACUGCCUAUCUGCUGUACUACCGUCGAGUGGACCUGCUGUAGAAUCUGUACACGCACAACAUAAAUGCGCACACACACAUACACGUUUACAUACAGACAUGCACCCAUUCACACACACAAACACCCACAUGUGUCUCAACAAGAACACUGCCCAACUUCACGAUUGUCCUUCCUCCCUCAACCCUGCUGUUCCUGAGAGCCAGCUUUUCUGAUUUUUAUUUUUAUUUUUUAUUUUUUUCAAGAGAGAAAAAGACAACAGAUGUAUCUAAAGACUUUCACGAAAUGGCAUCCGCCCCUCCACGCAUGGUCUGGAAGAGGUUAAGAGGAGAAAUUUAGCACUGGAGAAGGCUACGGUUUUGAGAGACAGACCUGAAGCACUGCUAAUGUCCAUAGCCUCAUGUUGACUGGCCCAAGUGGACACCCACCAAAAGAACUCAAACCAGUUGAGGCUGAAAACUGAUGGACUGCUGGAGAAAAUUAUUCAUUUUUUGUUUAAUCUACUUUUUUUAAAUGGCAUAGAGAAAAAAUCUGAUGUGUUUUGCCUUUUAGCAAGGGGAUUUGUCAGCAGUGAAGUGGGGCCUGUUAAAUUCUUGACUAGAGAAUAAAUGAGGCCCAGCACCAGCAAGCUACCGAUAUUUGUGUAGAACUCAAUGUACGAGUUUGUCGACUCCUGAAGCAAGACACUCUACUCCACCAACAACUUCUCUUUCUCCCCCAUUUCUCUCACAAUCCUAACACUUUCAGAUCUAAAUUACAUGAGUCGUGGGGGAAAAUAAGGUAUCCGGCUGGAGAAGGGGUGCUGCGGUGUGUUAAAACGAGAAAGAAAAUGCAGGUUCUCUUGUUUGAGAGAACCUCUGUGAUUUUUGGGUGUAGGAUUAGAAUGACUAUCUUACCAUUUUAAUGCGCUUUAGGAUAUAAAUGAUAAAAAAAAAAAAAGCUUUGUGCAUAUAAAACUGGUCAAUAAAAAUAAGAAUGUGCUUUUUGCACAUUUGUUGCGGAUAUUUAAGUUUUAAAAAAUAUUAUAAAAAGGAAAUGCAAAAAUCUGAAUCUUGGUGGCAUUCACCUUGAGCUUCCUGGGUUGCGCUUGUUCUUUAGGCAUUCUAUGUACUUUGUCUCUCACACACACACACACACACACACACACACACACUUUAAUGCUGAUAAGAUACCUAUGAUGUCUGAGAUUCCAUCAUAAACAUUAAAGUAGUUCACCCAAAAAUAAAAAUUCUGUUUGUGUCGUUCCAAACUCAUAUUUCAUACAAGGAACACAAAAGGAGAUUUUCAUCUCAUUUCAUCUUGGAUUUCAAUGAUUGCUUCGGUCUGUCUUUUGAAUUCAAUGGUAGCUGAUGGUGACCCACUUAAUAGUAACUUGUUCGUCAUAUUUAAAGUGUUUUGAAAGCAUAGGAUGAGAUUAGGGUUUAUGACUAAGACAACGCAAGUUCUCAUGUGUGCCUCUUUGAACAAGCGUCUCUUUGUUCUUAUAAAUGCUCAACAGAAAUCAAGAUAUUCCCAGAAAAUUUCUUAAAAUGUAGGAUGUUUAGGAUAUACUUUCAGAAGACUUGGAAUAUUAUACACAAGUCACAUUGAGUACUUGCAUUUCUUUUGUGUCUUUUUCAGGCUUUUCAGUGAGUCACUAUCGACUACCACUGUGUUAAAGAUAGUACAGAACAAUUGUAUGGGUAUGAAAUAAAAAUGAAGGUAAAUUGAGUUGACAAUUCAUUUUGGGGAGAACUAUUCUUUUAACCCACAUUUAUUUUUGACACAUUUUUCAUUAGUUCUUCUGUUAGAUCAUUUCUGUAUCAUAAGAAUAUGUUUAUCUGCUGGCUGCCUUUUGAUGUCAGUAGAGCAGCAAGAACUGAGCCACUCCUGCGAAGUAUAAAGAGGGAGCAGUCUUGAGACAGGUGCACAAUAUGGUCAGCUUCCCUUUCUGUGUGUUAGCCCGCUCCAAGCAGUCAGCCUGUAUUGUACAUGUUGAGGCUUUGUGUGCAGCUCUGAGGAUAAUACCUCAGAAUGGGUUGCAAGAAAUGUCUCCUAUAGCUAAUGGCUGUGUUGUCACGAGGUGAUAUCCAACUCUUACCUAAAUGCAACCACAGAUGCGCACAAACAAUGAAUCAUGUUUGAGUCUGUUUUGGAGACCUUGCAUCAUCAUCAAUAUUAUACCUGAUUGUAUUCAGUUGAUUUUUGAUGUUGAGUUUUUUUUUUUUUUCCUUCAUUCCGUUUGUUCCAUUUGAUGUUUUGAAAGAAAAUGACCCAAGGUUAAAGCACAACAUUGAAUAAAGUUGUACAAGUACUAUGCUUGACCAUAUUUAUUUUAUUUGACUUUUUUUUUAUUAUUAUUAUUAAAAUUUACAUUUCCAUAAAAUAAAAGUACAAUUGACCAAGAUAAUUUAUAUCUAUUUAAUAACUAAUGCAGCAAUUAGCAGAACUUCUCUUACCCCUUUAAAUGAUUAUCAGACCUCUAUCAAAAUUCCCCAGUUAUUUUAAAGGAAUGGUUCACCAACAAAUCUAUUCACCCUCAUGCUGUUCCAAACCUGUACCAAACGACAUAACAAAGACAUGUUCCAAUAAAUGUCUUUGUCCAUCUGGUCAAUGCAUUGUCAGUGGAUAGUGCCUCACUUUAAUGCUUAAAGGACCCAAAAGUAUCUUAAAAGUAAUCCGUACGACUCAUGCAUCAAAUUUGAAGUCUUCUUAUAGAAGGUACACAACGGUUUUGGAGAGAACCUAAAAUUGAAGUCACUUUUCAGUGCAAAUCUUGAUGUACUUUGCACCUUUGAGCGAUGAGAGAAGAGGCUUGAAUUGUUGCAGUGUGAAAAACAAUGCGAGUUCCCAUGUAAAGGUGUGCCACUGUGAAUAAGCUUUUCUCUUGUACUUGUGAACCACAUUUUCACUGGAAAAAUUACUCAAAACAUAUUUAAGUAAAGAUCCUUAAAGACUUCAAGCCUGACUGUCACAUUUGCAUGGACAUUCGUGUUCUUUUUUUAAGCUUCAUAUUGACUCACUAUCCUCCACCAUUAUGUUGAAAUUACAGCCCGCUAUAUUCAAGCUGUUCUGCUUUAGAAAGUCUGGUUUGGAUGGAACGACAUAAGGGUGCCUGAAUGUUCAUAUUUGGGUGAAAAUUACUUAAUUCAAUUUUUAUUGAUUCAGGCUUACUCUUGGUAAAUCCAAACUUUCUACACAUGCAAUUAGAUGUAGGUCACUCCACAUAAGCAUGCACACGUUUUGCAAUUGUAAAAGGUGGGGUUCAUAGCCUCUGGGAAGGGAUCAUUUGUGCUGAGCUCUUCGCACAGUCCUGUCUCUGACCACCAGUUAGACUAGAAUGAACUUUUCUUUCCCACAGCUGGGAAAAAAAACAACCAUAAAUUUCACAUCCAUCUGAAUGAGCUUAUUUUAUCCUAGUGGCACUUGAACACAGUUUAAAUCUCCCACCAAAUCUGUAUAAUCCUGAAAUGUCAGACUUUGAUGGUUUACAUGAUAUUUUGUAUUUUCUGUUCAGUUCUUUAUGUAAUUACAAAUGCUGAGUAAUAUUUUACCCAUGUGUCCUUUUGAACUUUAAUUUUUUUAUUUGAAUCCACAGGACACAAGGAGUGUGUCCCCACCACACCAAGUGAAACCAAAGGACAUAACUUGAAUUAAUAGACACUGUUGCCUCUUAUAAUUGCUCUAAGAUAAAAUGUAAAAGUAUUUUUCCCCCAAACUUUGAUGUCUUCAUACAUUAUAUACCACUAAAUACGUUUUUUUUUUAAAUUUUUUUUUUUUACCUGAAACCAGUUGACAUAUGCUUAUCAUCAUGAAGAGGAACAUUCAGAAAAUCACCUUUCCUAAGUGUUGAUUAUAAUGUGUUGACUUUAUUUGGUCAUAACUGAUGCACUCAUGUCUUGUUACUCUCCUCUGUUUCAAGGUGAAGAUCUGAAGGUUUUUCUUGUAUUAGUGCCACCUUUGAGACAGUUUCUUUCUCUUCUUUCAGAAUAAAUAUCGGUCAGGGAAAGUCCUGAUGUAUAGC